AUGGUGCCUCCAGCAGAGGAGCCUGGGGGUCUGCUCACCCAGGGCUGCUUGCAGGUGGACAGAACCGAGGUGGUCCGGAGCAGCCUGCAUCUGGUCUUCUCCAAGGUCUUCACACUGGACUACUUUGAGGAGGUGCAGAAGCUGUGCUUUGAGGUCUACAACACCCACAGGCCCAGCAGCCUCAGCUGCCAGGAUGACGACUUGGGGGGCAUGGAGUGCACCUCGGGGCAGAUCGUGGCCCAGAAGAAGGUGACCCCAGCACUACCCCUCCUGCCCAGCUGGGAGCCUUGGCGCUCUCCCUCCACCCAGGUGAUAGCCAGGGGCAUCUCUGGGAAUAACGGCCAUGCGGAGCUCUCCCUCCGUGCCAGGAAGCUGGAUGACAAGGGCCUCUUCAGCAAGCCGGACCCCCUCCUGGAGCUGCACCGGAUCAACGAUGAUCAGAGCAAGCAGCUGGUGUACAGGACGGAGGUGGUGAAGAAUGAUCUGAGCCCCAUCUGGCAGCCUUUCAAGGUGUCUCUGAGCAGCCUGUGCAGCUGUGAGGAGCCUCGGCCUCUGAAGGGCCUCAUCUGGGAUUAUGACUCUCACGGGAAGCACGACUUCAUCGCAGAAUUCUCUACCACCUUCGUGGAGAUGCAGAAUGCUUUCCGGGAGGACCAGGUGAGAUGGGACUGUGUGAGCCUCAAGUACACGCAGAAGCACCGCAGUCCCAAGAGCUCUGCGGGGGUCACCCUGGCAGACCUGAAGAUCUACAGGGCGUACUCGUUCCGGGACUGCAUCAUGGGUGGCUGCCACCACUUCACGGUGGCCGUUGACUUCACGGCCUCCACUGGGGACCCCAGGACCAGCUGCUCCUUACUAUAUCAGCCCCUUCUAUCCCCGCGAGUACUGCAGGCCCUGGCGGCUGUGGGCGAGACCUGCCAGGACUACGACAGCGACAAGAGGCUCUCUGCUUUGGGGUUCGGAGCCCGGAUCUCUCCCAAGUAUGAGGUGUCCCAUGACUUUGCCAUCAAUUUCAACCCUGAGGACGAUGAGUUUGAAGGUGCCAGGGCUGGGCGCAUGAGGAAGGGCUGCCUGCUGCUGGGGGACAGGACAGGGCCGGGGUCCGCUGUGGGUGAGAUGGGGCGUGGCGGCAAGGAGGCCGAGGGAACAGGGGCAGCAGGCAGGAGGCCGGUGUGUCUGGACCGACAAUACCACAUCCUGCUGAUCCUGACAAAUGGCGUGGCAACCAACAUGGCGGACAUGCGUGAGGCCAUCCUGCGUGCCUCCCACCUGCCCGUGUCUAUCAUCGUGGGGACGGGCAACGCCGACUUCACCAACAUGCAGGUCCUCGACGGCGACAGUGGUGUCCUGUGCUCCCCACGGGGCGAUCCUGCCCUUGACAUCUUGAAGUUUGGGCCCUUCUGGGAGCUCAAGAACGCGUCCCCCGUGGCGCUGGCCAAGCGUGUGCUUGCCGAGGUGCCCAGGCAGCUGGUUGAGUAUUAAAGCCAAGGAAUGCCUCUGAGAGACCUCGGCGAGAGCAGCCCGGGCUCUGCUCCAGCAAGGGCAUCCUGGAUCCUUGCCCAGCGCACACCUGCCCCCAUGCAGAUCUGCAACAGCUGCCGAGCCCCGGCUGUGAGGACUUGGUCCUGGCUACCUGCCGAGCAUGGCUCAGACGCCAGCAGCAACCCUGGGCCAGACCAUGCCCUGCCAGCCCAGGAGGGCGGCCGCCUCCUGGAGUCCAGGGCCUGGGGUCCGUCAGGAGCUCCGUCCACCCCUACACUCAACGCUGCCCAGAGCGCGAGGUCUCAGGACGCUGGCUUCCACUAG